AUGGGAGACGUUCCUCUGUUUAACGCUAUCAAAGUGACUAUAGUAUGGUCGACAUCCUUCUUCUCGGCCUUGAUAGCAAGUCUUCCACCACAUCCCAUUCUGUAUCCCGAAUUCAAUUGUCGGUCUAAAUCAUCAUUCGUAUACAGAAUCGGUCCAAACGAGCUUAGUAUUCUUGAUCCCGACGCAAUUCCCGCGAUCCACAGCUCUGGAUCCAAAUGCAUAAAGUCCGCAUGGUAUGAUGUAAUUGCCGGGCCCAACCCGUCACUGCAGACGACUCGAGACCGAGCCACGCAUAACAGACGACGAAAACUGUGGGAGCAGGCAUUUAGCAUUAAAGGUUUUGCGACAGUUUUUGAUCUUGCACUCCUUGCUGACGUUUCCAUAGCACUGCGAGAGUACGAAUAUCGUAUUUCCGAGCUUGUUAACGAGCUAGUUGCACAGUUGGAGAGUCUCAAGAGCCAACCCGUCAAUGCUAGCCUGUGGUUCAAUUUCUAUAGCUUUGAUGUCAUGGGCGACCUUGCGUUUGGGCAGUCCUUUGAUAUGAUGAAAAACCAAGAGCAGCAUUUCGCACUCAAGCUGCUUCAGGCCGGAAUGGCCCCACUUGGAAUUCUCACACCGAUUCCAUGGAUUCUUGUCAUUCUCAGGAAAAUUCCAGGAGCUGUUAAUGGGCUAAAGAUGUUCACCAAGUAUAUUGAGAAUCAGGCUGAGAUCCGUCAAAAGAACGUACCUACACGACCUGAUAUCACCAGCUGGCUUCUAAAAGAAGAAAAGGGCAGCAAAAAGGCUACCGAGAGACAACGGAGAUGGCUAUACGGUGACACGGGUCUCAUGAUUGUUGCAGGCAGUGAUACCGCUUCCGCUGUAAUAACCCACGUAUUCUAUCACCUUGCCAAAGACCCUAAACUUGUCACUAAGCUUAGGGAAGAGCUUAAGACUUCGUUGCCGAACGACUCCAAGUUCCUGUGCGCGAUAAUCAAUGAGACUCUGCGUCUGCACCCGCCUGUCCCCUCUGGUGUGUUGCGACAGACACCCUCCGCUGGCUUGAUGAUUAAGAACACCUUUAUACCUAGCGGAGUUACAAUAUCAACGCCUACGUGGUCUCUGAGUCGCUUAGAAUCUGCCUUCCCAAAAGCAAACGAGUUCCUUCCUGAGCGUUGGACAUCUGCUCCAGAGCUCCUUAAGAAUAAAGCGGCAUUUAUCCCGUUCUCCUCAGUUGUGUCGCGUAUUAUAUUGCACUUUGAUGUUUCUUUCGGGGUUGGCGAAACAGGUGAGAGGUUGUUGAAGGAUACCAAGGAUGUUUUCACGCUUGAGGUUGCGCCGCUUUAUUUGAACUUCGUGAAGCGAAGGGAGGUGGUCACUUGA